GGAGGACGCGGCGGCGGCGGCGGCGGAGGACGCGGCGGCGGCGGCGGCGGCGGCGGGAGAGCCGCGGAGCUCGGGCGCGGCGCGGGCCGGGAUGAGGGGCCGUGGCGGCGCGGCCCGCGCGCAGCCGGCCGCUGGGCGGCGCCUUCCCGACUGAUGCUGGAGGGACUCCCCGUGACUUGCUGGCCUCAGUCUACCUGUCUUCAGAGAAGCCUGCGAUGUCCCAGACACAGGAGUACGAAUGCGAGAGCCGAAAUGCCGGCGCACCGGAGCCUCGGACCUCAGCGCCCAGCACCAGGCUGGAGUGGGUGGAGAUCAUCGAGCCACGCACCCGGGAGCGCAUGUACGCCAACCUGGUCACCGGUGAGUGCGUGUGGGACCCGCCCACCGGUGUCCGCAUCAAGCGCACCAGCGAGAACCAGUGGUGGGAGCUCUUCGACCCCAAUACAUCUCGCUUCUACUACUACAAUGCCAGCACGCAGCGUACCGUGUGGCACCGACCACAGGACUGCGACAUCAUCCCCCUGGCCAAGCUUCAGACUCUGAAGCAGAAUACGGAGUCUCCCCGGGCCUCAGCCGAGAACAGCCCCGGCAGGGGCAGCAGUGUGAGCCGUGAUGGCAGCACCAGCUCUUCCCUGGAGCCUGAGCUGGACACCAACGAGAAGGCACAGGAGCCCCUGGGCAGGGCGAGUCGGCAGCCCCCCUUUGGGACUAUGAAGGAGGAGAACAGCAGUUCUUUGCCCCCAGGAGUGUUCCUCGAGAAGGAUUAUGAGGUCUACCGGGAUUACACUGCCGACGGCCAGCUCCUUCACUACAGGACCUCCUCCCUCCGAUGGAACUCGGGCACCAAGGAGCGCAUGCUGAUCAAAGUUGCAGACCGGGAGCCCAGCUUCUUUUCCCCUCAGGGCAACGGUUACCCGCUGGACAUCCCAGUGGGGAGCCGCUCCCGCAGACCUUCUGGUGGCCAGCACUCGCCCGGCCUGCAGACCUUCGCCCCGGACACAGACGGUCCCGUCUUCUUCUCAGAGCGGCGGCCGUCGCCCUUCCUGAAGAGGGCCGAGCUGGGGAGCUGCUCCCCGCUGCUGGCUCAGCCUCGCAAGCCCUCCGUGGACUCGCAGCCCUCCUCCCCUCGCUACGCCUAUGAGCCCCCACUGUACGAGGAGCCCCCAGUGGAGUACCAGGCCCCCAUCUAUGAUGAGCCCCCCAUGGACGUGCAAUACGAGACUGGCUCUCCCCAGCGGUCUCCGAGCCGCAAGCCACCCCCCUGCCCCCAGUCCCCUAAGCCGGCCUCGGCGUCACCCUACCAGCAGCUGGUGCUUACCCGGCAGAAGUGUCCAGAGCGCUUCCUGAGUCUGGAGUACAGCCCUGCGGGCAAGGAGUAUGUGCGGCAGUUGGUGUACGUGGAGCAGGCCGGCUCCAGCCCCAAGCUGCGUGCAGGCCCGCGGCACAAGUACAUGCCCAACCCCAGCGGUGGCUCCCUCUCCCUGCAGCCCAGCCUUGGCCUGCUGAGGGACCAGCGCCUGGGGAUCACCUCUGGGGACUACAGCAGCAUGGAGGGGCCAGAGCUGCGGCACACCCCAGCCACACCCCUGCCCCAGGCUCAGGAGGACGCCAUGUCCUGGUCUAGCCAGCAGGACACCAUUUCCUCCCUGGGCUACUCCCCAGGCACCCGCAAAAGGAAGAGCAGGAACCCCUCUCUGUGCCACCUCCCCAGCGCCUCUUCCACAGAGGGCCCUGGGGACCACGAGCUGCCCGGAGAGCAGCCCCUGCCCGAGGAGCGCUCCCCAUGCGGGCCCAGCCUCGCCCCCGCCAAGCGUGCGGAGAGCCGCGUGGGGGAGGCGGAUGGCGUCCGGGCCGCCACUGAGCCUUUCCUGGCGCAGGCCCGGCUGGCGUGGGAGGCCCAGCAGGCCCACUUCCACAUGAAGCAGCGGGGAAGCUGGGACUCACAGCAGGAUGGCUCGGGCUAUGAGAGCGAUGGGGCCGUGCCGCUGCCCAUGCCCGGGCCUGUGGUGCGGGCCUUCAGUGAGGACGAGGCGCUGGCCCAGCAGGAGAGCAAGCACUGGCAGAGGGGCGCCUUGGAGAGGCUGGCCUUCCCCCAGAUCCUGCUGGAGAAGAGUGUGUCCGUGCAGACCAACCUGGCCUCCCCCGAGCCCUACCUGCACCCUUCCCAGUCUGAGGACCUUGGCACCUGUGCCCAGUUUGAGAGCAGCCGGCAGACACGCAGCGUGAUGCCCAGCGCCAGCUGCGUGUUCCCCACCUUCACGCUCCGCAAGCCAUCCUCGGAGACUGACAUCGAGAACUGGGCCUCCAAGCACUUCAACAAGCACACCCAGGGCCUGUUCCGACGGAAGGUGUCCAUUGCCAACAUGCUAGCCUGGAGCAGCGAGUCCAUCAAGAAGCCCAUGAUCGUGACCAGUGACCGCCACGUGAAGAAGGAGGCCUGUGAGAUCUUCAAGCUGAUCCAGAUGUACAUGGGAGACCGGCGUGCCAAGGCAGACCCACUUCAUGUGGCCCUGGAGAUCGCCACCAAGGGCUGGAGCGUGCAGGGUCUGCGGGACGAGCUCUACAUCCAGCUGUGCCGGCAGACCACAGAGAACUUCCGCCUGGAGAGCCUGGCCCGGGGCUGGGAGCUCAUGGCCAUCUGUCUGGCCUUCUUCCCACCCACCCCCAAGUUCCACUCCUACCUGGAGGGCUACAUCUACCGGCACAUGGACCCCGUCAAUGACACCAAAGUGACACAGCACAUGAGAGAGCUCCUGGAAAGGAACACUAAGAAGAAAUCCAAGUUGAGAAAGAAACCCAAGCCUUAUGUUGAGGAGCCGGAUGGGGUGGCGAUAAGCACAUACGCCAAGUACUGUUACCACAAGCUGCAGAAGGCAGCCCUGACCGGGGCUAAGAAGGGGCUGAAGAAACCCAACGUGGAGGAGAUUCGGCACGCCAAGAACGCGGUGUUUAGCCCCUCCAUGUUUGGCAGUGCACUGCAGGAGGUCAUGAGCAUGCAGAAGGAGCGCUACCCAGACCGCCAGCUGCCCUGGGUGCAGACACGACUGUCCGAGGAGGUGCUGGCACUCAACGGCGACCAGACAGAAGGCAUCUUCAGAGUCCCUGGGGACAUCGAUGAGGUGAAUGCCCUGAAGCUGCAGGUGGAUCAGUGGAAAGUGCCCACAGGCCUGGAGGACCCCCAUGUCCCUGCGUCGCUGCUGAAGCUGUGGUACCGGGAGCUGGAGGAGCCCCUGAUCCCGCACGAAUUCUACGAGCAGUGCAUCGCGCACUACGAGAGCCCUGAGGCCGCCGUGGCUGUGGUGCACGCGUUGCCCCGCAUCAACCGCCUGGUGCUGUGCUACCUCAUCCGCUUCCUUCAGGUGUUCGUGCAGCCUGCCAAUGUGGCCAUCACCAAGAUGGACGUCAGCAACCUCGCCAUGGUGAUGGCCCCCAACUGCCUACGCUGCCGAUCUGACGACCCGCGGGUCAUCUUUGAGAACACGCGCAAGGAGAUGUCCUUCCUGCGCGUGCUCAUCCAGCACCUGGACACCAGCUUCAUGGAGGGCGUGCUAUAGCAUGCGGAGCCGGAGGGC